CGCUGGCGCUGGUAGGGGUGUGGGAACACGGCUGGCAAAGAGGAUGGAUGACAGGGAGGGAGGAGUUCGUUACCACUCACGGCCGGGCCCUGCCUGCUGCUGCCUCGCAAUCGCGGUCGUGCGCGCCGGCGGCGGCUAACAAAAGAAGUGGGAACCGAAGCAUCUCGGAACGAUCAGAUUCCCGCUACUAUUUUAGAUCGGCCCAAGCACCGGACGAGGGCUAAUCCGGUCGGGUUCGCUCGGGCUUGGGGAUUCCGUCGCCAUGGGCAGCCUCCGCCUCACCGGCUGGGCGUCCGCGCAGCGGGGCUUCCCAGCCGCAGCCGCCGCCGCGCCGGAGUGGGGCGUGCGCCGCCGCCCCCGCCGCUGUUGCCACGGGGUGCCGCUGCCGCGCCCGCGCUGCGCCCCGUCGCCGGCUCCGGCGGUGGCGUCCUCUCUCGGCGUCGGCGCCGCGGGGCACCUCCGGGACGGGGCGGAGCGCGAGUGGCUGUGGGACUGCCGCGGCGGCGCCGGGGGCGGGGCCAGGGAUUACACCAGGGAGAUGGAGGUGGCGGUGCGGGUCGUGCAGGUGGCCUGCACCCUGUGCCAGCGCGUCCAGGACGCGCUCCUCCACCCCGGCGCCGACGCAGGCGGCCGCGUCCAUUCCAAGCUCGACCGCUCCCCCGUCACAGUCGCUGCAGUUCGUGCCUCUAUAUUUGCAUAUGGUGAUAUUUUGCUGUGUUCCUUCAUGCCAGAUUGGGGUGUUCAAGCGAUAGUAAGCUGGUUGCUUUCCAAUUCCUUUCAUGAUGAGAACAUAUCGAUUGUCGCUGAAGAAGAUGAUGAAACACUAUCUAGUAGCAACGGUGCGGCUUUGCUUGAAUCUGUUGUUGAGGCUGUCAAUGGUUGCCUGGUUGAAGCUCCAAAGUAUGGGCUGAGAUCCCCAGAGAAAGAGCUCGGAGCUCAUGAUGUUAUUCAAGCCAUACGGAAAUGCAGCUCUGCCGGAGGUCCAAAAGGAAGAUUUUGGGUGCUUGAUCCUGUCGAUGGCACCCUUGGUUUUGUUCGAGGGGAUCAAUAUGCUAUCGCUCUAGCCUUGAUUGAAGAUGGAGAAGUUAUACUUGGUGUUCUUGGGUGCCCAAAUUAUCCAAUGAAAAAGGAGUGGCUCAAUUAUCACCAAAAGUACUACAGACUGAUGUCUAAGGUUGCUCCUCCUCCAUUGGGGUCCUGGCAUAAGGGUUGUGUGAUGUAUGCUCAGAAAGGAUGUGGCCAAGCUUGGAUGCAGCCACUGGUUCAUGACUUUGGUAAGCUUGAUUGGGCUCACCCGAGGGAGAUUCAAGUAUCGUCCAUCAGUGAUCCAAUGUCAGCAACAUUUUGUGAACCUGUUGAGAAAGCCAACUCAAGCCAUUCCUUUACAGCAGGACUUGCUCAUAGCGUAGGAUUAAGGACUCAACCUCUGCGUGUGUACAGCAUGGUGAAGUAUGCUGCAAUAGCACGAGGUGAUGCAGAGAUAUUUAUGAAAUUUGCAAGAACUGGAUAUAAGGAGAAGAUAUGGGAUCAUGCUGCAGGGGUGGUUAUCAUUCAAGAGGCUGGUGGAGUGGUCACAGAUGCUGGGGGCCGCCAGUUGGACUUCUCAAGGGGCAUUUACUUGGAAGGUUUGGAUAGAGGCAUAAUAGCAUGUUCCGGAGCAUUGCUUCAUCAGAGAAUUUUAGAUGCUGUUGAUGCAAGCUGGAACUCGUCAACACUAUGAUAAAAAUAAAAUAAAAUCCUUGCUGCAAAUAACCUCAUGUUGAUCAUAGCCUGCAAAGGUAGCUUGGAGAAUCGGUCUAAGUACUCAUUUCUGUAUUGUUAUAACGAGGGGGUAAUAGUGCCAGCAUGUAGGUUAGUAUUAGCUUGUCUGGUCAUAAACAAGCCGUCACUCGAGACUGACAAAAUGCUGGCUUUGGUCGUCAAUGACAUAUGUAGUUUUGUAUAGGCGUUUUUUUUAUGAAAAGCAUCCACGCAUGCUUUUACUAAUGAUCUGUUUCUUUCAAACUUCUGCCUGUCAAGUGGCUGGUGUAUUGGCUAAGACAGUUAUCUGUGCCUGCUCAGCACCAUUUGCUGACUAUUCGAAUGUCUGAACCUUUGAUUAAUUCAUCA